AUGGUAUCCAGCGCCUCGACCUUCUCCGAAGUAGUGCUCCAGCGCGUACGCACCAAGUACCGAUGGCCGCCUCUGCAGCUGAAUUUCUGGCUGCUGAUCAUGUUGGUAGGCAGCUGUACGAUCCUGGGUGUUUUUGCGAAUUUCUUGGGCGUGCAGGGACAGUUGCAUGUUGGAGUUCCUUGGUACUUCCCCUACUGGAUCGCCGUCUCAGCACUCAGCAUAGUCUUCAUCCUACUUCUCCUCUACCUCAUCUCGCAACGGCAGCUGCUGCCUGGGAUCGUGAUCAUGGGCUCUUUUAUCUUAUUCGUGCUGUGGAUCGUGGGCCUGAUUGUCAUCAGCGUGCAACUGUGGGGGCCGAGCGGGAGCGUGAAUAGCAAUUGUAAUAUCUAUGUCAAUGGGAAUGUGCAGCAUGGGGCGAAUACGGAGACGUUGGCUUGGUUGGAACAGAAGAGUAUUUGUCAGUCUUGGACCGCAGCAUGGGCUUUCCAACUCGUCGGCUGCGUCUUCCUGCUCUGGAUGAUGAUCAUGGCAUAUCAAGUCUACCGAGACGAUCUAUAA